AUGACGUUGCGUAAAGGAAAGAAACUCAGCAUCACCAUCCAGGAACACAUGGCCAUUGACGUCUGCCCCGGCCCCAUCCGACCUAUCAGAACAAUCUCCGCCUACUUCCCCCGCCUGUCCCCCACCUCUGAGCCCCUCUCCCCCAAACCCACUGGCUCCCCAUUGGUCCUCAGUCCUGGCGGCGCGGCCAGCGGGAUGGGGGGUGUCGGUAGGGGAGGACUCUUGACGCCAUUGCUGCCGGGGGCGAUGGGAGGGGGCGGGUCUUUGUCGUUACAGAGCAGCAUGGACACGUCUGUGGAGAUCAACAGUUCUGAUAGUGACGACUGCACUGCUUUGGGAACACUGGAGUUUGAUUUGCGGUACGAGCGAGCCUCCAGUCAGCUACACUGCACUAUCCUCAGGGCCAAGGGUCUGAAGCCUAUGGAUUUUAACGGCCUAGCAGACCCCUAUGUCAAACUGCACCUUCUUCCCGGGGCCUGCAAGGCUAACAAGCUGAAGACAAAGAUAGUGCGGAAUACUCUGAAUCCGGUGUGGAAUGAAAUGCUCACCUAUGUUGGGAUCACAGAGGAGGACAUGCAUAGAAAGACACUCAGGUUGUCAGUGUGUGAUGAGGAUAAGUUGACUCAUAAUGAGUUCAUCGGGGAGUCUCGGGUUCCCCUGAAGCGCGUCAAGCCAGACCAGACCAAACACUUCCACACCUGUCUGGAACACCCACCCCCACUCCCCUCUCCAACCACCAUGGGGACAACCCUCCGAGGAAUCUCCUGCUACUUAAGAGAGUGGGAGAACGAGCAGCUCCACAGUCUGGAGGAGAGGGGCCGGGUGCUCCUCUCCCUGCAGUUCCUUCCCCCGCUAGACGAGGGCGAUGGAGGAGGAGGGGGGCGGAGAGGAGAGGGGUUGUGUGUCGGGGUGCAGCGCUGCGCUCACCUGGCCGCCAUGGACGUCAACGGCUUCUCAGACCCCUACGUCAAAACAUAUCUGAAGCCCGACACACAGAAGAAAUCCAAACACAAAACGGCUGUGAUUAAAAAGACCCUUAACCCUGAAUUCAAUGAGGAGUUCUUUUAUGAGAUCUCCAUGUCAGAGCUGUCCAAUAAGACUCUGGAGGUCACUGUCUGGGACUACGACUUGGGACGCUCCAAUGACUUCAUAGGUGGAGUGUGCCUGAGCUGUCACUCACAGGGAGACCCCCUCCGCCAUUGGAUGGACUGCCUUAAGAACAAGGGUCAGAGGGUGGAGCGCUGGCACAUACUGACCAAUGAGCUCCCAAGAUCCGUGAGUCAUGAGUAA